AUGAUGUCAAAAACUUGUCAAAUAUGGGCGACUGCGCUGCUAUUGAUAAGUAUGCUGAGUUUUGGGUUUGUCGAUGACGUUUGCAAAGGCGAGAACGAACCGUGUACGCUGGAAUGUAAUGAUCAAAGCACUGCUUGUGAGCAGAAUUGCAACGUUGGUAAUUAUACUUGUAAACUGAACUGUAGCGUAGACAAUUGUAAUCAAAAUUGCAACUCUCGAAUAUGUUUUCUUCAUUGCACCAAGGGAGUGUGUAAACAGUCUUGCAACAGUGGAGUGCGAGUAUGCCAAAUGGAAUGCACCGGUCAAACCUGUAAUCAAAUGCAACAUUGUAACGCUCAAACAUGCAAUCUGACAUGCAGAGGGGAAGAAUGCAAUCAGAAUUGCAUUGGUGGAGAACAAGGAUGUAUUAUGCAAUGCAUGGGGAGCUCUUGUUCACAAACUUGCGACGCUUAUACAUGUGAGAUGACAAGAAGUGGGUCAUCAAAUUAUUAUACAAAGCAAGUGUGCACUCCCGGAAAUGGUCCAUGUUGUCAACGUAUCUUGAUGAAUAAAAGUCUGGGAUCCUUUGAAACAACCUGUCAAGGAAGAGAGCAAUGUACGUGCCCCGAAUGUUUAAAUCAUGACUGCAUAACUUUGAGCAAAUCGGAUGUCGCUGCGGCUGUCUCGGCUUCGACGGUUCAAGCUAUUUCAACCCAUAUUUCAACGGAACAAGCUUCUCUGCAAUCGUCGCCUUCGUCCCCAUUACUGCUACUCUCAAUUCCAUCAUUAUCAUCACCGUUCUCCUUGCAGCCAUCGAUAUUAUUAACGUUACCGUCAUUACCAUCGUCAUUAUCAUCAUCCUCAUCAUAUACAUCAGCGUCGCCAUCUUCGUCAUCGUCGUCUUUAACUUGGACAUCUCCGUCAACCCCUCUCGAAAAAAUUAAAAAUUUGGAAAGUGUAUUUACUUCGAAGCGUAAUAGAGUCAACAUCAGCAGAAACAGCUCCCUGCAGGAGGUUAUACGUUUGUUUGAAGACUUCGCCGAUCAAUAUCAGAACAUCACAAAGUCCCAUGGCAGCCAACUUGGUAUAGAAGAGCUCCAACGAGGAAAAGAAUUCGUCUUUAAGGUGGCAGUUGCCCUCGAAAAAUUUGUUCUUGAUUACAGUCAAUAUCACCUAAAUAGAGAAGAGCCCUCGAAAAAAAUAACACGCCAGAAAAUGGUUUUGGGUAUGUGGAAAGGUUACCGCCAGAAUGCGACCGACUUCUAUCUCGAAGAAAAUGAAUGGCACGCAAGCAUCAAUGUUCCUUCUGAAAAUUUUGCGGAGAAUGGAUCAGUGGUAAUAGGGUGCGUAUACAAGGAUCUUCAUGAAUUAUUACAAACCAAUCAGGGCGGCGGGGAUAAAACUGAAAAUUCAAGGUAUGUGAACACAAGGAUAAUGACCGCGGCUGUAGAUCCCAAACCUGAAAAAUUACGACAGGACGUCAUCUUAAAGUUCAGAAACCUGAAGGUCGAUGAAGGAGAGAAGCAGUGCAUGUUUUGGAAUGGCUUAGGCAAGAGUUUCGACGGAUUCUCAGGGGAUGGUUGUUACGUAGAUCCAUUGAGGAGCAACUCAAAGGACACAGUCUGCAGAUGCAAUCAUUUGACGCAUUUUGCUGUCUUAGUUGACUUCAGAGGCGACGCGGAGCUCUCCAAGAAGGACGUUACUAUUCUGGAGAUAAUCACAUACGUCGGAUUAAGCCUUUCCAUCGUCGGAAUACUUUUGACCAUAACGCUGUAUUCUUUUCUCACAGAUGUUCGACAACCACUACCUCAAAUACGACUUAGUCUUUGUGUGUCCCUCGGAGCUGGACAAAUCAUCUUUCUCUCUGGAAUAAACGCCACAGAAAAAAUGACAGCGUGUAUCACAUCAGCAGUUCUUAUGCAGUAUUUCCUGAUGGCCGCUUUCUGUUGGAUGCUGGUAGAGGGAAUUUAUCUUUACCUUCUUGUUGUGAAAGUUUAUAACAUCAGCGACAAGAUGUAUAUUUAUCACGUCAUGUCAUGGGGUUUGCCCGUCAUCGUGGUGGCCAUUUCAUUAAGCAUAGCAGCUGGAGCAGCAGAUGGGAUACAGAGCUACAUCAGUGAUGACUAUUGUUGGAUGUCCUCAACUAACAAUCUGAUCUGGAUAUUUGUCACAUUUGUGGUUAUCGUUGAAGUUAUCAACAUUUUGAUUCUCACUCGAGUCAUAAGGGAGAUGACCAAAAUGCAGCCAAGAGGAGGAAAGCAAAUUCAGCAAAUACGACUUGGCAUUAGAACAUGCGUCGUGAUGACUCCCUUGCUGGGUGUCACGUGGUUAUUUGGACUCCUUUCGCCUGCACACAAAACUUUCGCCUACAUUUUCACCAUACUCAACUCCACUCAGGGUUUCCUGAUUUUCAUUCUUCACUGUGUGCGAAAUGGCCAGAUUAAAGAGCGAUUCAAUAGAAAGAUGAAUAUCAUAUUUCCAUCCGAAAACAUUGGAAACUCCACAAAGAAGAGCUCACAGGUUAAUUCAAAUGAUAUUAAUAAUAUUUGGACAGUUGAAUUGCAGUCUUGCAAUGAAUUUGAGGAGAAUUAA